GCAGCGGCUGGAACCCUGGCUCCAGCGCAGGGGCCCUACCUGGAACGUCAGAUAUUUAGCUUCCUGUGGUAUACUGAUGAGCAGAACUCUUCCACUACAUACCUCAGUUUUGCUUAAGGAGAUAUAUGCAAAAACUUUCUUCAAAAUUGUUGCACCAUUAAUAAAAAAAGAAUAUUCAGAGAGGAGAAUUAUAGGAUAUUCUAUGCAGAAAAUGUAUGAUGUGGUAUCAGGAAUGGAAGACUACAAGCAUUUUGUUCCUUGGCGUAAAAAAUCAGAUGUAAUAUCAAAGAGAACCGGAUACUGCAAAACACAAUUGGAAAUUGGGUUUCCACCUGUGUUGGAGCGCUAUACAUCAGUAGGAACCUUGGUGAAACCACAUUUGGUAAAGGCAUCCUAUACUGAUGGGAAGCUUUUCAAUCAUUUGAAGGCUAUUUGGCAUUUUAGCCCUGGUCUUCCUGGCUACCCAAGAACUUGUACCUUGGAUUUUUCAAUUUCUUCUGAAUUCCGCUCCCUUCUGUACUCUCAGCUUGCCACAUCAUUUUUCGAUGAAGUUGUAAAGCAGAUGGUAGCUGCCUUUGAAAGAGGAGCAUGUCUGGGACCUCAUCAAAAUAAAAAGCACUCGCCCACAGAGCAGAAACCACAGCGUUCCCUGUAA